GCCAUUACACCACAGCAAAGUCUCCAUUUGUCUGGGCCACACGAAUGCUGACUUUGUCUGCCGUCGUCAUCAGAGCACACACACAUUUCUAGUUCUAUUCUCCGUAUCUGUAAUUCCUUUUGUUUCCAUCAUUGUGUUUGAUGGAAAUUCUAAUAUCUGUUGUAUUGUGUAGUUUCGCUAAUGCCAUUGGAAACGAGAUUUCACACGCGUAGUCCGUUCUUGCGCAUAUGAUGCCCUACAAUGUCCUGAACGUCGUCUUGUUGGGGUGAUCGUGAACGUAUCCAGUGAACUCCUAUGUGUGUGUGUGUAGGGAGCGUGACUGCUGCGCCGUGCAAGAACUUUGUUGGGCUUUUUUACUACAGUGCCAGAUGACGUGGGUGACUGCAGACGCUCAUUCGAUGCCUGUCCGUUGAAUAUAUCUUAUCGAAAAUACGCGUAUCAUUAGCCACUGAGAAAAUUAAGGACAAACAAGUGUUUCUUAAAUCCUGCUACGUCACGCUGUAUUUUGUUUUUUCAACAUUCUUGCAAUCGUGCAGGAAAGAAAGACAUUGCAACUCGUGCGAAACUCGCGCCGAUCGAUAAGCUUCUUUCUACUUGCUGUUGCACGGUGAAAUGGAAAAAAUUUGAUUUGUCAAGAGAAAACAAAAACUCAUUAAAAAAAGUGAGGAGAAAACUUGUAAAACAGUCGCAAUGGAGAGGCUUUACAGUGACGGAGGUAGCAGUGACUCUUCUUCUUAUCCUGAAUAUCGUUACAACAGUACAUCCUCUUCGGUCGUAUUGGACAGUGGUGCUACAGCCGCUAAUAGCGGUCGAAAUGGAGGAGUCAAAUAUUGUGGUGUCUGUGGCGACAUUGCCAAGAGUUAUCAUUUCGGCGGAUUAUCUUGCGACUCUUGCAAGGCUUUCUUUCGUCGUUCCGUCCAGAACGACAACUACCUGCAUUUCCAGUGCUGUCACCGUGGCCAGUGUGUCAUCUCUCUAUCCAAUCGUAAGAGCUGUCAGUAUUGCCGGAUGAAAAGAUGCUUCGCAAUCGGGAUGGAAAAGAGCUGGGUCAUGACCGAAGAUGAACGCAAAGCCCUGAUGAAAGCACGUGCCGAAAAGAAAACAAGUAAAAGAUCACCGACGACGUCAUCAUCGAGCUCGAAUGUCAGUUCUCAAAAUUUGAAUUCUUCGUCCAACUCGAGUGGAGGAGAGCAGAGUCCUUCAGUGGCACCAUCUAACGAAUACGAGCCACAAGUUGAACGCAUGAUUGAUUUCAUGGCUCCACUUGAAAUCAAAGAAAUUGAAUCCAUCGUCACGAAAUACAUGCACGCUUAUCAGCAUGUUCCAUACCGUUCAGAAUUGCGUUUCUUCGAUAACGAUCGCCCAGGCGUCCAAGUGAUGGAGAUGUUUGGCACUCUGAUUCGUCGUUUCGCCUUUUACGCUCGCUUGAUGGCCGACUUUUCGAGUUUGCCUUUCCAUGAUCAGAGUAUCCUGCUCAAAGGUGGCGUCCUGGAAAUGUGUCUACUCCGUGGCGCAUUAGUUUUUGACCCUGAGACCAAUCGUUGGCCAACUGCCAACAUGUCCAUGUACAAGGACAUGCCCAUCCUCAAGUUGGACAAUAUUGUUCACUUGACAUCAUCUCGUCUCUUUCAGAUGCACCUCGACUUUAUUUCUUGCAUCCGACAAAUGUCUGUCGAUGAGCCUACCAUCAUGUUAUUGAUUUUGAUUGUCCUCUUCACUCCCGAGAGGACCGGUCUCGUUCAUACGGACUGGAUCGAGAAAUUCCAGUCGUACUAUACGACGUUGCUGGAACAUUACCUCAAUUGGCGUUUCGGUACGACCAAAGCUAAAUUCAUUUUUGGCAAAAUGCUGACCAAAUUGAGUGAUUUGAGAGAGCUAAGCGACACUCAUAAUCACCAUAAUCUUCGAUUAGGCAAUGACGAAGUUUCGUCUAUCCAGAAUCAGUUAAAUACUUUGAAGCUCAAUCCAUAUCCGGAACUUAAAGUGAUUCAUGACGGCAACGAAGCAUCUGCUCCUGUAGAAAAUACUUACCAUCCACCGUAUAGCAACAGUCCGACUUUGAACGCUAAAGAGAUUUCCAAUUGCUUAUCUGAUGUCGAAUUGGCUGGAACAUCUUCGGCGGAAUCUUCAUCGUAUCAACAGGCGCCAGUCUUGCCAGUAUCUACACAUUCUUCUUACACCGAACGGCAGUUAGAGCAACAGGCCUAUCAGCAACAGGGUUGUCAAACUGGCCAAACGCGUGGAUAUAACGCUCAACAGCUGCAGACGCAAUUUUUAGCUCAACAACAAAUGGCUCCGCCCCAACAACCUCCAACCAGUCAAGCAUACCAACAACCACCAACCAGUCAGGGAUACCAACAACAACCAACCAGCCAGGGAUACCAACAACCACCGACCAGCCAGGGAUACCAACAACCACCGACCAGCCAAAGAUACCAACAAGCUCCAAUGAAUAUGGCAUUGCAAUUUAUGCAAGCGAUGCAACAAUCAGUCAGUCAGGUGGUCAAUGCUCCUCAUUUUGGCUAUGAAUGGGUCAAGCCUGAUUAUCAAUUCGAUCCUGCUACGGCGUUCGCUGAAAUCGGACCGAGCAAAAUCGAUCCCGUCUUGAAAGCUGCCACUCUGAUGAAUAGCUCCCAGAGUCCACCGUUGACUGAAAGAGAUAUUGAUGAUCUCUAUGACGCAAUAGAUGAGUUAACUGGCAAAGACGUUGUUGAAGAACGGAUCCUCCAAACAACCAAUAGUCAACAUUUGUAUCAUCAGUAAACAUUUGAAUUGUCCCCUACUUUUUUUUUUUGCUAGUUGGAAUUAUCUGGUAUGUUGAAAACGUCCCCAAUUGGAAGCCCACAUCAUGUUUUAUUAAUUCUGAUUCCCGUUCUCUUUCGCUUGUAGCUGUAUAAUUUUUUUAGUUGUUGUAAAAUGUGUUAUCAGCUGUUUUUGUGGUCAAAUGGUAAAUAAUUAUUGUCUUUAUGUGUGUGAGUGUGAACUGUUUCAAUAUAAAACCAAUGCAUUUAUGUUUGCUCGUAGUACGCGAGCUUUUGAAUGUGAUUUUUACCUGAACCUUUCAAAUUGAAUUCUGUCCUUACAUUUAAAAGAAAAUCUGCUCACGAUACCUCAUCACUUGGAAAAAUCGAAGAAUAUGUAAACGUGAUUUUGAAUUAUGCUGCACUUAUGUGUGUUCUUCCUUGUACCUUUUGUUAUUGACACAUUGUCUGUGUAUAUACAUAUAUAUAUGCAUGAAGCUAAAAAAACAACACGUAGUACCCAUCGAUUUAUUUUGUUCCAUUAUACACUGUUAAACUUCAUAUAAUUGUCUAUUUAGAGAUACACACACACCGGAAAAGAAUACAUUAUAGUAACUAUACUGGAA